AUCUACCCAACCCUAACGCAAUCCAUAUUGCAGAAAGCUUCAAUCUUGCUGAAGAAGCCGUCGUCAUCGGACUUCCUUCAUCUCCACCAGCAUCUGUGAUCUUCAAUUGAUGGAAUACAACAACGAAUUAGCUUGAUAAUAUAUAGGUUAGUAGCUUUGAUGGACUCUCAGCUUCUUUCAUUUAAUUGGAGUAGGUGUUUGAGUACCUCAUUCCAAAAUCAUCGUUCUCAACUAAUUGCUCCCCAAAGGAAUAAUCGGAAAUUUUCUUGUAACUUGACUGUAGGAUUAUCUCGUUUUGUUGUAAGCUGUUCAAUGAAGACAUAUAAGCUAGCAGAACUUACUCCGGCUGAGGUUAACAGUCUCAAGUCCCGUCCACGGAUUGAUUUCUCAUCCAUUUUUAACAUUGUUAACCCCAUUGUUGAUGAUGUGCAACGCAGAGGAGAUGCUGCUGUUAAAGACUAUACAUCGAAGUUUGACAAAGUUCAACUUGACAAGAUAGUUGAAGAUAUCAAUGACCUUCCGGACCCCAAGCUUGAUGCAGCUGUCAAAGAGGCAUUUGAUGUGGCAUACGAUAAUAUUUAUGCAUUCCAUGCUGCACAGCAGUCACCAGAGAUUACUGUUGAGAACAUGAAAGGUGUUAAAUGUAAACGUGUAUCAAGAGGUAUAUCUUCUGUGGGCCUUUAUGUUCCAGGUGGCACUGCAAUUUUGCCUUCAACAGCUUUAAUGCUUUCAAUUCCUGCAAAGAUAGCUGGGUGCAAGACAACUGUACUUGCGACUCCUCCAACACAGGAUGGAAGCAUCUGCAAGGAAGUGCUAUAUUGUGCAAAGAAAGCUGGUGUGACUCAUAUUCUCAAGGCUGGAGGAGCUCAGGCCAUUGCUGCCAUGGCAUGGGGGACUGAAACUUGCCCCAAGGUGGAGAAGAUCUUUGGGCCUGGAAACCAAUAUGUCACUGCUGCUAAAAUGAUUCUCCAGAAUAGUGAGGCUAUGGUCUCAAUCGACAUGCCUGCUGGACCAUCUGAAGUUCUGGUGAUUGCAGACAAACACGCCAAUCCCGUGCACAUAGCUGCAGAUUUGCUUUCACAGGCUGAGCAUGGGCCCGAUAGUCAAGUGGUUCUUGUAAUUGCGGGAGAUGGUGUUGAUGUGGUUGCAAUAGAGGAAGAAAUCAGCAAGCAAUGCAAUUGUCUACCAAGAGGAGACCUUGCAUCAAAAGCUCUUGGCCAUAGUUUCAUUGUUUUUGCCCGUGACAUGCUAGAGGCAAUUUCUUUCUCAAAUCUAUAUGCACCCGAGCAUCUGAUUAUCAAUGUGAAAGAUGCAGAGAAAUGGGAGAAUUUUGUUGAAAAUGCAGGGUCGGUGUUUCUGGGUGAGUGGACACCAGAGAGUGUAGGAGAUUACGCAAGUGGAACAAACCAUGUCCUUCCUACAUAUGGUUAUUCCCGCAUGUAUAGUGGUGUGUCUUUAAGUUCAUUCUUGAAGUACAUAACUGUUCAGUCCUUAACUGAGGAAGGGCUUCAAUCUCUUGGUCCUUACGUGGCCACCAUGGCUGAGAUCGAGGGUCUCGAAGCUCAUAAGCGAGCUGUAACCCUUAGACUACAGGAUAUUAAGGCACGACAACAAGCCUCCUCCUAAUCGGUCUCGGUUUAAUUUGUCAAACUGUAUUUAAUUUUCAGGAUUUUGGUUUCUUUACACACAUUGUGAUUGUUGUUGAGCUUGAUACAUGUUUUUUUUAGUUAAUUUGACCAGUUAUAACACUAAACACAUGUAUCAUCCUUGUUUUCUCUAUUAUGAACAGA